AUGUGUGAUGCCCCUGCAAAUGCCAGCUCCACUCACCUGAGGUCAUGUGAGAGCUGGAGAACUUCAGCAUGGCGGCUCCUCUGCUGGGUUUGUACUCUGAGAACUUCUCUUUCUUCUGUGAUAAUUCAGUCCCCCGACUUCAUCACUGCCUCCGUCGGCGAGUCUUUUAAACUAAAAUGCACUUAUCAUCUGCCGAUGUUCUAUUGUGGCUACUCAGUAUCCUGGUAUAAAGUGAACCUUAGAAAUGGAAAACUGGGUGAAGUUAGUGUACAUAAUGAAGACCAGCUAGAUGAUGAUAAAAAAACAUGUACCAGGACAAUCUUUAAUGCCCAAGUUCAAGACUCAGGCCUUUACUACUGCGCAUCUGCACAUGAUAAAAUGAUUUUUAUUGGAAAUGGAACCAGAGUCGUCGUGACAGGUCCGUUAAAUCUGUCUGUGGUUGUGUACACCCCGGUGGUGGAGGAGGACGAUCCCUCUGUUCUCCUGCAGUGUGUGGUGAUGGACACUGUUCCCUCUCAGGUCAGAGUUUGGUGGUUGGUCGAUGAUGAAGAGCGCACAGGAUGGACAGAAUCAGGCUGGACAGGAUACGACGAUUCAGCCUCAGAAUACACUCGAGCUCAGAUCAGGAUUACUGCAGAGGAAUGGAGCGAAGCGACCAUCGAGUGUGUCGUGAAUUAUAAAAACCAGACCGUGUCCCGAACUGUGCCACGACCAACAGGUCAUUUGUAUUUAGAUUCCUGCAUGUGGAUGCUGUAUGGAGGCUGCGGUGUCGUCGUCUUCACCAUCGCCGUGCUGAUCACCGUGGUUCUGUGUUUACGUAAAGGUGGAUCUAAAUGA